AUGGAAGACGAGCCCGCGCCCUACAGCCCACAACUUCGGGCGGUUCUUCAGGACCUUGAUCGAGAGGUUCGACAGUUCGACCUCCGCUUACUGGAAGCGGGCCUAACAGACGACGUCAGAGGUCUGUGCGAUAGGCUGUACGAUCUGGAAGCCGAAAGUGCAGCCCAGAGAGCGGAAAUAUCCCGCUUGCACGGUCGAGUUCCCCGCUUGGAGGACCAGGUUCAUCAGGGCCGCGGCUGGCUCCUCCACUUGCCUGAUAGGACCACGGCUUUGGAGGAAGCCACUCAAAAGCUGGCCAUCAAGGUCAGGUCACUGGUGACUCUGCUUCGGGAGACACUUUCGGAGACAGUGGCGACUCUGAGGAUUCUAAUUCUGCGCUCCCUGCCUCAGCGCCCUUGGAUGUUGCUGAAUCAGAUGCAGAAGCUGCGUUCGUUCCUCCAGCGGAGCUCUAUCCUGGCAGCUUAUAUCGCAAGGAGAUCAGGAGGCCGCAACACCAGCUUCCGCAGGGCUUGCUUCGAGCACUUCAACUUUUCGGAUUAUGCCGCUGGGAUCCACUCCCCCUCGACCCAGCUUGAGCUCUAUGUCGAGGGCACCCACUUGGCGCGCCCCGAGGGUGUGCUUGAGGUACAAUUCUCCUUUUCAGGUGGGCUACAGCGGGCGACAACCCACAGAUUGCAUUCUCCUGCUUUGCGGGCAGCGGCUGACGGCGUGCUCACCAGCAAGGAUAACCACAAGGCAUGCGACGAGCGAAACAAGGUUCUUUUUGACCAGCUUUGCAGAUCGCAUGGUGCCUACAGUGAGGUGCUUCAACAGCUUGCAAGCAGUCGAGAGGGUACCGUGAUCCAGUCCCGCCUGCUUAGCAAGGUCAGCGACACCACGGCCGCCCGCUACCUUCGCUCAGUGCAGUUGUUCUUUUGUGCCUUUGAGGAGCUUGGUGGCAACAUGGACGCGAUCGACCAAAGCCUCUUUCUUGACGCCUUUUUCGCUUUGUCUCGAGGCUCUGAGUCUGGCCCACUUUCCAACAGCAUCAACGUGCUGAAGGCGCUGCGUUGGUAUAAGAAGCUGUUGGCUAUCUCUUGCUUGCCAGACCUGUACGGCACCGCUUUCAGUCUGCUUUCCAGCCCGGCCGGUCAGGAGAAACGCGAGAGUAUACCUCUCCCCUUGUCCUUUUGUAGCUUUCCUGGAGCGCACUCUCCUUUCGGGCAAGGCAAACCUGGCAGACAGGAUCUGGGCGGGCUCCUUCUUGGUCGCUAUCGGUGCCAGCCUCCGCUUUGCUGA